AUGGCAGCUGGGACGUGGCAGCUCGUGAAGCACCUGAAGGAGCCCCAGCCCGAGCAGGGCUCCCCCCAGGAGCAGGAUCUGGAGGUGACCCCAGCAUGUGAUGAUGAGGAGGAGGAGGAGCCCGUGGUCCGGGGGGCUCCCAGCACAGUGUCUUUCAGGAUCAGCACAGCCAAUUCCUUGCUGGAAGCACAGGUGGAGGCACACCCUGGCUGGCUCCUGGUGUGCCACGGGCACUGGGACCCCUCCCUGGGCACCCUGCUCUGCCAGCAGCUCGGCUACCUCAGCAUGACCCAGCAGAAAGGAGUGAACCUGAGGGAUGUCCAGGUGAGUGCUGGGCAGCAGUUCCUGCAGGUGAGAGCCCGGCAGGAAGGCAGCCUGGAGGACAUGUGGCAGGUCAGGAGCAGCUGCCGGUCGGGGCGCAUCGUGGCUCUGCAGUGCUCAGAGUGUGGGCUGCAGGCAGGGGCUGUCAGGGUGGUGGGGGGCACAGACGUGUCCCCCGGGCGCUGGCCCUGGCAGGUCAGUGUGUGCCAGGGCUCCCAGCACCGCUGUGGGGGCUCCGUGCUGGCCCCCGAGUGGAUCCUGACGGCAGCUCACUGCGUGCACAGGCAGCUGCCAGCCCCAGCCUGGCUGGUGUUUGCGGGAAUUGUCACGCACGGCUCGCUGCGGCCGGAGGCGGGCGUGCCAGUCCGGGCCAUCAUCCCCCACCCGCUCUACAACGACAGCAGCCUGGACUACGACAUGGCCCUGAUCAGGCUCCAGGUGCCGCUCAACUUCUCACGUGCCGUCCGAGCCGUGUGCCUGCCGCCCGCCCCGCGGGACCUGCUGCAGGGCACGCAGUGCUGGGUGUCGGGCUGGGGCCACACCGCACCUGGCCAAGCACAGGUGGCCGGGACGCUGAAAGAGGCGCUGGUGCCCCUGAUUGGCACCCGGAGGUGCAACAGCUCCUGCGUGUACAAGGGUGAGCUCACGGCCAGGAUGCUGUGUGCAGGACACCUGCGGGGACACGUGGACGCCUGCCAGGGGGACAGUGGGGGCCCGCUGGUGUGCUGGGAUGGGUCCACGUGGCGCCUGGUGGGGGUUGUGAGCUGGGGCCAGGGCUGUGCUGAGCCCAACCACCCCGGGGUCUACACCAACGUGGCUCAGCUGCUGCCCUGGAUCCACCAGGUCACCCAGAUCCACUAG